CAGAUUUGAAAUCGUCAAAUGUAAACAAGACAAAGACCAUCGAGGCUGCUGCAGUCGAAAGUUUACUAUGUUUAGUGUUGAAACCAUCGCGUGUCUGGUUUUUUCGUGGAUUUAAGGCAGCUUAAACGGUCAAACUCGAUCUUUAAUCAAGUCGCGUCGAUUACAUGUUUAUUGGGAAAUUCGUGCUCUCCUCCGAAAAAGAAAAAGAGAAUCAAUUUGUUGUGACGAAAGAUGUCUUCUCCACCGCCCGCGAAGAGGACCAGAAUUGUGAAGAUCGUGAAUUACUCUCCAAAGGGCAAAGCUAAAAAAGCGCCAGACGUCGAUCCGACCAAGUGUCUGGUCAAAAACUGCACGUCGUCGUCGACCGAUCCCAAGACGAAACAGAUCAAACUUCCGGACAUCACAGAGCGGCGACAAGCUUGGCUCACCAAGUGCGACCGCAAAGACCUGUUGGACACCAAAGAGUACAGCAAAUACUUUGUUUGCAACGAGCACUUCAAGCCCAACGAGUUUACGAAUACGAACAGAAACAAAGUCAGACAAUAUGCCGUUCCCUCGGUCUUCAAAGAUGACGUGCCCAGCACCUCCACGCCUGCAAAGACGUACAAAGCUUCAAGCAAAACCCCAGCACAGGAAACUCCUCAAAUUUUAAAGACUAUUUUGAAGGAUGGCCAAGGAAAGUCUCAGGAGAAGUCACAGGAGGACGACGACAUUAUGAUCAUCGAGACGAAGAGUUUGGCCCCGAAGGAGGCGCCCUCGACCCUGGUGCACGCCCCCGCCAUCCCUCCGGUGCCAGGGGCGCCUCAGUUUUUCCUUCUCACCCCGUCCGGGCCGAACGCCGCAGGGGCUGGGCCGCUGCUUGUCUCGGCCGCGCAGCUCCAGCAGCAACUCGGCAUCCCCGCCACCCCCACGAGCUCCCUGGUGGUCAGAAACCCUGCCUCCAUCAACGCCGGCGAGCCGCCUCAACCUGCACCUGAGGAGCCCAAAGCGACGGACGAUCCGAAAAACAACAAGAUGGUCAUCACGGUUCCCAAGUCGCUGUACAAAAAGUACAGGUCUGGCAAAGUCACCCUUGCCGAUCUCACAGCACGGGCCAAGAAGGUUGUGAACAAGGAGGGACUGGCCAAACUGACCGGAGAAGACGCAAAUGUGCUUGGCAAGGAGCCUGUCACGGUUGGCCAGAGUGGGCGGGACCAACUGUACCGACUGCAAAAGUCGGCCGAGCCUCUGCUGGACCAGGUGAACAGGACCCUCGCAGACAAGCCCGAGCCUGUGAGCGUCAAGAGGGUGCCGAAGCUGGUGGAGCCGCAGGUGCCGGCCAAACCGCUGCACCAGGUCGAGUUGGACCUGAACACGCCCCAGGUGAGCUCGCAGGUGCACCAGGUGGCGCCCAUGCUGCCCAGGAAGGCCCACGGCGGCACCUUCAACCUGCACAAGUGGGACGUGUUCGUGCCCAGGAUUUUCAGAGACUGGCCUGUGCCGGCGUCGGUUCUUUACGCGGCCGCGACGCAGCUGAAGCAAAACUACAACGACCACUUCACUGGGAAGGAGCGGCUGGAAAUUGAAACGGUGCUGCACCUGGUGGGACACUUCACCUCGCUGGGCGCCAGCAGCAGGUGCCACGUCAGGGAAAGGGUGCACUUUUACCUGAAGAAGAUGCAGCAGGAGCUGGUGCUGGGCAAGGAGCUCGAGGCCAAGAAGAGGCGCAAAAAGGCCACUCAGGCCGGCGUUGUUUUCCGCGCCGAGGAUGAGCAGAACCAGCAGCCGGACCAACAGGUUGUUGAGGAACAAACCCUGGACCUGCCCAUCCUGCAAGACCAGGCGAGCGACGUCGCCGACUUCACCAUUCAAGAAAAUCCCUUGUAAAUUUUUGCAAUAAAUUUGAAUCGCAUAAUUCA